AUGGGAAAAGGAGGUCAACAUAACAACAGCAAGGGCAGCAGCCCUCUGAAGAAGACUGCCGCGGGAGAAUCUGCUGCCAAGGAAGCUCCCAAGGUAGCAGGAACCACUUCGGCCAAACCAUGGGUCUCUCCGUUCACUCCGGAAAAAAUUGAUCCCCGCGUCUCCUCCAUGACCAAGGAAGAGAUUGAUGCUCAAUUCCCGACCAAAUCCGAACUAAAGGCGAUCAUUCCAGCUCAUUGCUUUGAGAGAUCCCUCUUUUGGAGCAUGUUUUAUGUGAUUCGGGACGUGAUUCAAGCCUGUUGCGUCGUGUACUUGACCCACUGCGUGUUGGGACUUUCCACCGACCCUCCCGGUCCUAUCUGGACAUGGCAAUGGUGGGCAUGGAGAUUGGCGUGGAAUUUCUACGGCUUUGCCAUGACAUCGGCUAUGGGAGGACUCUGGGUGCUGGGUCAUGAAUGCGGACAUGGAGCCUUCUCCGAUUACCCCGUGGUGAAUGGCGCCGUGGGGUGGACCAUUCAUUCCAUCAUGCUUGUGCCUUAUUUUAGCUGGGCGUUUUCGCAUGCCAAACACCACCGACGCACCAACGACUUGAUGGACGGAGAGACCCACGUGCCACCUACGUGGGAGGAUGUCGGUCUGGUCAAAACAUCCAAAGAAGGCGACAACAACAAUACUAAGGAACCCAAGUACGAACGUUUGUCCAAAGACGUUGUGGAUUCCAAAUUGAGUUUUUCUGCCGAGGGUGGACUAUCUGAAGCCUUUAGUUAUCCAUUGUACGGACAUGCUCUCACUCACGAACACAAUGGCGAUGAAGGAUUUGCCUGGCUCAUGAUGUGGAGUCGUCUUCUCAUGGGAUGGCAACUUUAUCUUGCCGGAGUAACUUCCGGUGGACACAUUGGAUCGGAUCGAAAACCCAUUCAAAAGGGAGAAUUCCCGGAUCACUACCGGCCCCAUUCGAGACUCUUUCCUGCCAAGAUGUACGCGAAAGUGAUUGCUUCCGACAUUGGGAUUGGAAUGACAGUGUCGGCGCUUAUUUACUUUAGCUGGAAAUACUCCUUCCGUGCCGUCUGGUUUUGGUAUUUUGGACCCUACAUGUGGAUUCAUGCCUUUUUGGUGAUGGUCACUUGGUUGCAACACACAGAUCCUACUGUCCCUCAUUUUGAUUCGGAAAAUUGGACAUGGAUGAAGGGAGCUUUGGCGGGAACUAUUGACCGACCUCUCUACGGGUGGAUGAAUUAUUCCAGCCACAAUAUUGUCACCACUCACGUGGUGCACCAUCUAUUCCACGAAAUGCCUCAUUACCAUGCGGUGGAAGCAACCAAGGCAAUCCGUGAGUACUUGGAACCCAAAGGACUCUACAAUUACGAUCCCACGGAUUGCAUGGCAGCUCUCUACAAGCUGUGCGAAAACUGCCAUUUUGUAGACAGCUUGACGGAUGGUAUUCAAUACUACAGAAAAUUCCAGGAUGUUCCCCUUUAUUCUGAGACUAAUGCCAAGAAGACAGAGGCAGUGGAAGCCAAGAAGGACCAGUAG